AUGGGUAAAUACAAAAAACCUAAGCAACCGGGAUUUUAUCAUGUUUAUGAUAUAAAAUUUAUUAAUUUUGGAGAAAGCAACAGCGACGAAGACUUGGUAUAUGGAUCUGGGUAUAUUUUCUAUCGUAAAAUAGAAGUUUUAUUAAAUAAUUCCAAUAAAUCACGUCUCGCGGAGAGAAAUAUGAAAGAAGGCACGAAAAAUAUUCCUCGUCGUCAAAAUUCUUGGAUUCUUUAUCGUAGAGAUAAAAGUGCCGACCCGAAAUUCUUAAAGAUGAAGUCCUCUGAAGUUUCGAAAGAAAUUCAAGCAAUGUGGGCGCAAGAGCCAAGCAAAGUUAAAGAAAUUUUCGUAGCUCUUUCAAGAUUGGCCACAAAAAAACACAUCGAAAAACACGGUAAAAACUACCGAUACAGACCAAAGAGAACGAAACAAAAAGAGGAAGAUCAUAUUGACAGUAGUUCAGAAACUUCACUUACCAAAGAAAAUCAAAAUUUCGUCUCACCGCAAAUUAAUUUCCCACCCAUCGAAUCUCUUGAAUUCGAUUGUAAGAAAAUUUCACCACCACCCCUUACUCAAUACGACUUAUAUAUGUCGUCGUCGUCUUACCCAGACAAUUAUAAUUUUUCGUCAUUUUAUCAUGACACGGUUUUACAAAACCCCAUAAAUUUUUUUCCAACAAAAUUUUUGAAUCAUAAUAUACCCGAAUUAAAACAGCAAAACGAGCUCAUGUGCGUCGAUUAUAUUGAAUGUACUCCAGAAGAGUAUACAUUUCAACUUUAUUGA